AUUCUAGCCGUGCCAGUGAAAGGGGCUUUUGCAACUACUCCCUCCACAAGCCCUGAAAAGGCCGAGAGUUUGAUGAAGAUCACAUUUGUUUGCUCAAUACUUUUCAUCAACGGCACCACACUGGCGAAGCUGGGCAUUCUUGCAGGCUACAAGGCCACUUUUGCCAUACAAAGGCAGUACUGCCAUAUCAUUAUGGGUUUGGCUGCUCUCUGCAUAGCCUGGUGGGGGUGUUUCAUUCUUGUCACCAUCUUCCAGUGCAGUCCAGUCCAAGCAAUGUGGGAUAUAAGUGACGAUCGAAAAGGAUGCCUGCCUGUGUGGAAACCCUUGCUCGCAGCUGAGAUAUCCAACCUGAUUAUUGACAUCAUGAUUUUAAUCACUCCCAUCCUCGCUACGUGGAGGCUGAACUUGCCUGCUUACAAGAAGUGGGCGGUGGCUGGAAUCUUCCUCGUGGGGGGACUGGUUUGUGCAAGCAGUAUACUCCGCCUGGUGUCUAUUGCGCGUUUUGGAAACGAAUUUGAUGAUAGAUCUAAGGUCAUGUUCUACUUGACAGUUCAGUUUGGGUUGGCUAUUAUCUGUGGCUGUCUUCUUCCGCUAAAUGGCUUGUUUUUCCGCCGGAACAAGGGCGCGUCAAAGUCACGAACCAGUGUCUAUGAUGCAACAUUUCGCGAGGAUCAUGUUAGUAUACCUGCAUACAAGCUGGCAGGUCAAUUGAAGAAAUCGAAACGAGGGGGAAGCCGCGUGCUGAGUCUUGCGAGGUCAUGGGCUGGCCAUGAUGAACGCCAGGGUGAAGAAUCGAUAACUCCUCCGCCUGCUGCUCGAACUAACCGGUAA